CUAGAAUAAAGGCUCUUUAAUACAGGCACUCUGGUUGGAAUUAAUCAUAGCUUCCAGGCUGUCUGAGAAGCUACACUGACUAUUAAUUCGUAUUUGAAGAGGACUUCAAAUAUGAAUACCCAUGUUAGUGAGCCUCCUAAAUGUAACAUGUAUGAUUUACUGCUAAACAUACUGUGGCGAUGUGGAGUCAGAUCCAGAGGUUUGAAUCCAGAGGACUCAAAUCCUCCAGCACACUGUGUUAAGAGAUCACUUUUGGAAGCACCACUGUGCAUUCAGAGUGUACCACAUUACCUCUGGAUUGGGAGUGCUGAAGUGUUUAGAGUGCUGAACUAUGACCAAGGGAGACCUGGGUUCAAAUCCCCACUCUUCUGUGAAGUUCAUUAGGCCAGUAACCAAAUUCUCAGCCUAACCUACUUCACAGGGUUGUUGUAAGGGGGAAAAUGGGAGGGGGAAGAACUUGUACACCAUCUUGAAUGCCUUUCAGUAAAGGUGGAAUAUAAAUGUAAUUGAUAAUGGUGAUACAGUGGACUAUAUGCUCCUGAUUCCUAAGGAAACUUUAUAAGCAGCCUUUGACACAACGCAAGGAUCUGCUGCAGAGAAAGGAAAGUGGGAAGACACUCAUCUACCUGUACCUGAUUUGGCCAGCUCUAUACAUUUUCAGUUUACUUUGACUCUCUUCCAUCCUGGACAAGAGGGCUUUCGGUGACUCACAUAUCACAAUAUAAGAGCAUUGUAAGGCAUGACUUAGUGCAAAUAUUGCAAAGAACGUCUGCAAAUAGUUCCAAAGUUCAGUCUUCCUUUUACUCUCACUUUGCUACUAUUCCUUUAAUAUUCUUUCUUAAAAUGGUAUUGUUUUCUUGAGGUCUCUGGUCAUGUCAUUUGGUCUUGCUGAGUAGGGCAGUGAACAAAAGUGGUUAUGAAGGAUGCUUGAGAAGCUGACCACUAACUUCAUCUUCUUGACCCAGAGAGAACUGAGUCAAGGCUCAUACCUUUCAGCCACCUGAUAUUUGGCUCAGUGACUUGUUCUUACUUGCUCCCCCUCCACAGCCCCUGAAAUAUAGGGCUUUAUACUGAGGCUACACUAUUCCCUUUGGUGUGUGGAGAGAAGUGGCCCAAAUGUCCUUUGAGCUGAGAUGCAGCCUAUAUUAUAGUUUUGCUUUUGUAACAGAGAGGUGUAUGGGUAAAGAAAGAGAAGGACAGGGAGCAUGCUGGGUAGGAAAAAAUGACCAUGGAGACAGGACAGGUAGUCAUGUUCAACACUGAAGCCUUGAUUUUGGAAUUGUGAAUCCCUUUAGAAAGCUAGAUUUAAGGUGUCAGUCAUAACCUUUAAAGCCAAUACAAAUCUUGUUGUAAAGUAGUUUAAUUUCAGCUGCACAAAUUGAUUGGGUUUUUCGCCCCCUUCCUACCAGUGUUGCAUAGUGUUCAUUUUGGAAACCCAAACCCAGAUCCCUACUUGGCUCUGUUGCUGAAUGGCUUUGGAACAAUCAGUGGCCCUUGGCCUAACCUACCUCAUUUGAGGAUAAAAAUGAGAGUAUUCUGUGUAUGCCUGCCUGAACUCCAUAGAAGCAAGAGACAAAACUGACAAGUGAGCCCUGAAGAUGGCAGCAGAAGCCAAUCAUGUCCAUUCAGGGUUUGAGAUGGCAGAAGUAAAUGAUGGCACAGCAAAGAGCCGUCCCAGGAUCUGCCUGGAACGUAUAGAAAAGAGCACAGAUAUCAAGGCACGUGUGCUGAAGAAAGUGAAGAAAAAAUGCACCUGCACCCCAGCUGCUGCCAAAGACCUGCUCUUCAGCUUCCUUCCAGUGCUGAAAUGGCUCCCCAAGUACAACCUGAAAGAGAACAUCUUGGGAGAUUUAAUGUCUGGCUUGAUCGUGGGGAUCUUGUUGGUUCCGCAGUCCAUUGCCUAUUCUCUGGUGGCUGGCCAAGAACCUAUCUAUGGCCUUUAUACGUCAUUCUUUGCAGGCCUCAUUUAUUUCCUGUUUGGAACUUCUCAUCACAUCUCUGUCGGCAUUUUUGGUGUUCUGUGCCUGAUGAUAGGAGAAGUAGUGGACCGUGAAGUACAGAGAGCUGGGUAUGAUUUGGCACCAGACGUUCCUAGUAGUUAUAACUCAGACAUGCAUGGUUCCGUAAAUAACAGCACACUGGGGCCUUUGACUGCGAAUGAGACAUCACAUUUGUUAUGUGACAGAAGUUGCUAUGCAAUUAGUGUUGGAGCCACGGUGACUUUUGUUGCUGGCAUUUACCAGGUUGUCAUGGGCUUCUUCCAAGUGGGCUUUGUCUCUGUGUACCUCUCUGAUUCCUUGCUCAGUGGAUUUGUUACAGGUGCUUCCUUCACCAUCCUUACCUCACAAGCCAAAUACCUCUUGGGCUUACACAUUCCCCGUAGCAACGGCAUUGGUUCCUUGAUAACCACUUGGAUGAACAUAUUCAGAAACAUCCACAAGACCAACUUCUGCGAUCUCAUCACCAGCUGCUUGUGCCUUCUUGUUCUUAUCCCAGCUAAAGAGCUCAAUGAGCGAUACAAAUCCAAACUUAAGGCGCCCCUGCCCACUGAGUUGGUGGUGGUGGUGGUAGCCACACUGGCAUCUCAUUUUGGGAAGCUAAAAGAGAAAUAUGACUCCAGUGUUUCUGGGCAUAUUCCUACUGGGUUUUUGCCACCGCAAUCGCCAGACUGGAGUCUGAUUCCCAGUGUGGCUCUGGAUGCCCUAGCCAUAGCCAUUAUUGGCUUUGCCAUCACAGUAUCUCUCUCUGAGAUGUUUGCCAAGAAGCAUGGCUACACAGUUAAACCCAACCAGGAAAUGUAUGCCAUUGGUUUCUGCAACAUCAUCCCCUCUUUUUUCCAUUGUUUCACUAGUAGCGCAGCCCUUGCCAAGACACUUGUCAAAGAGUCGACAGGCUGCAGGACUCAGAUCUCCGGUGUUGUGUCUUCCUUGGUCAUCUUGUUAGUCCUCCUUGUGAUUGCUCCCCUGUUCUAUUCCCUCCAGAAGUGUGUGCUAGGGGUCAUUACCAUUGUCAAUCUCAGAGGAGCCUUGCGGAAAUUCAGUGACCUGCCCAAAAUGUGGCGGUUAAGCAAAGUGGACACAGUGAUCUGGUUCGUCACCAUGUUGUCUUCAGCACUGAUAAGUACUGAACUUGGCCUUCUGAUUGGGGUCUGCUUUUCAAUGCUGUGUGUCAUUAUGAGGACGCAGAGGCCAGAAGGGCACUUAUUGGGCUGGGUGCCAGAAUCUGAAGUCUAUGAACCCCUUCCUGAAUAUAGGAACCUUCAGACAAAACCAGGGAUCAGGGUUUUCCGUUUUGAAGCACCCAUCUACUACGCUAAUAAAAAGAGCUUCAAGUCCAUGCUGUACAAGCAGACUGGAGUCAACCCUCUGUGGGAGUUGGCAGCCAAGAGAAAAGCGGAAAAGCGAAAGCUUAGUGAGAAAAUGGUCAAUGCCAACGGAAACCAGGCAGAGAUCUCAGUACAGCUUGUCGCUCACCCAUUGGAGUGUCACACUAUAGUGAUUGACUGCUGUGCGGUGCAGUUCUUAGAUACAGCAGGGAUCCACACGCUCAAGGAGGUUCACAAGGAUUAUGGGGAAAUUGGCAUCCAAGUGCUGCUGGCUCACUGCAAUCCCUCUGUGAGGGAAUCCCUAGAGCGAGGGGAGUACCUUAAAAAGGGGGAGGAGCAAUUCCUCUUCCAUAGUGUGCACCAAGCUGUGGAAUACGCAUUGUGUGCUCAUGGGCAGCCUGGGCUCUGCACCUCCGAAACCUAAUUUCACUAAAGAGUGAAUGGUGAAUAUUAGCCAAAUUCAGGUAAUGGCAGACUUGUGUGUGAGAGAAUGAAUGCUGGGCAUACACUCACACAGAAGUAAAGGGCUAAUUUUUUAUUCAUAUGGUAUAGGAUCAUACAAGAAGUUUUGAUGCUUUAAUUUUGCUCUUUUGGACACAACAUUAAGAAGGUGAGAGGCAAGGUGGAUUAUUAUGUCCACAAGCUCUUGUGACAGACAAGCAGAACAAAUACACUUUAACACCAGAUGUGCCUCAUAGUCACACCCCUUUCUCCUUUUAGUGUUUUCAUGUCCCCAAUUUUUCGCCUCUCCUUGAAGACCACUUUGGCGUAUGAAAAUAGUGCCGCCUUUCUGGGUGGUUCCCCCCGCCUUGAAAUAAUAAAUAUGGUUUGUAUCCUAAAUGACAGGAAGUUAAUGGAAGGAAGGUUUUCUGUCCUAUUUUGCUUAUUGGGUCCCUUCAAAA